AUGGUAGGACUUAAUGGCGAAAGAUCUGCUCCGCCAGUAAAGCUAAUUUUGGUUACUGGAGGUGUUAUUAGCGGUGUUGGCAAAGGAAUCAUUUCCUCGAGUAUUGGAGUCAUUCUGAAAGCACAUGGUGAAGUAUUUGUUCUGGAUGAUGGCGGAGAAGUGGAUUUAGAUCUUGGGAACUACGAACGUUUUUUAGACGUCAGGCUUACUCGAGACCAUAACAUAACAACGGGGAAAGUUUAUUUACAGGUGGUUGAGCGUGAAAGACGAGGCGAUUACUUGGGAAAAACUGUUCAAGUAGUUCCGCAUAUAACGGAUGCAAUUUGUGAAUGGGUUCAACGG